AUGGCGCGUGGACACACGUCUACAAGAGGUUCUUCCACGGUUUGCAGAGAAGAAAAGCAACGCACGCAAUUUUUUCAGGAAGACUGCCUCAACCCGAUAGCAAACCCAACAUACGUAAAUUGGAUGUUAGCGUCACCCCCACCUUCCGUCGUUGUUUCCGAAAUUACGCAAAUCCUCAGGGCCAACAUGCAAAGCAAAGAUAGUAAAGAUCAAACGGAGGAAAAUCAGUAUGCCAAUCCUCCGUUAUUGCAUCAAAGUGAAGAAAUCGAAACUAUCCGGAAAACGAGUCUUUUUGCUCAAGAUGUUACUGAAACAGAACAGGGAAUCAUUGAUAAACGAGUCGCAUUACAACAACGUCAGUAUGCCGAGUUUGAACGACGUGAACGUGAACGUAAAUCGCUAAAAAUACGUGGAGUAUUUGAAUUUGUAUCUGACGAAGAAAUUUCCGAAGCGCUACGUGAUUGUGAGAAUGAUGAGGAAGAAGUCAUCGUUCGAAUGACGCAACCUCGUUAUUUGAUCGAAAUUCGUAAAACAAUUGCCGAAAGGAAUCUGCGUUCUUUGCACAUUAACUUGAUGACUGAUGAACAGAAAGAGGCAUAUGAACAAUUAUUAAAGAAAAGAAAGGAAACUUUGAAAAAAACUACGGGAGAAAAUGCUAAAAAACAAUACCGUAUGAAAGGUCGUCUUGCUUUGGAUGACGCCUUGAAGCAAGUUCAAGCCAACACAAGGGAUCUUGAAAAAGCAUUUGAAGGCUGGUCGGAAGCACGAAUUAAGGCAUACAAAGCAAUCGAAACCAAGCCAAACACAUAUUAUUACCGAUUUAACGCACCAGGUGAAGAACAAAAAAAAGGUCAAUGGACUAAGGAAGAAGAAGAACUCUUUUUCUCGAGAUUGAAAGAAAUGAAAGAAACCGGAGCUGAUGGCCAAUGGGGCAUAUUCUCCAUGGCAAUUCCUGGCCGAUGUUCGAAUUUUUAUCGACUAUUAAUAGAGACUGGACGUAUCAAGGAUCCAAAUUAUGUGCUUGAUGAUAAAGGCAAAGCACAUUAUUUGUUUAGCACAACAAACAAAAAAACUGGAGUGACCGAAAAGGUUUUCCGUACACAUACCAAGCACGGAAGCAACAGUGGAACCAAAACCCAAACAUCAUUAUCUAAAUCUACCACGCGGUCAACACCAGCAAAAAAGAAGCCACAAGCAUCCUCAAGUAAAGGACCUCAUGUUAUCGAUUUUGAAAUGGAUGAAAUCGAAGAUGAAAAUCCAUUGCCUGGUUUCAUUGAUCCAAUUACGCUUGAAGAAGUUGUAAAACCUGCAAUUUCCCCAUACGGACAUGUGAUGGGAUAUGAUAGUUGGGUUCGAUGCCUUUCUUCUGAACCUAAAAAGAAUAUAUGCCCUUUGACUAAAAAGCCCCUGACAAAACGUGAACUUGUGAUCCUGACAAUGGAUAAUAUUGAGCAAUAUCGGUUAAUAUCUCAUAUCCAAGAUUGUUAA